AUGAACACUUUAGCGAUACGAUGGAAAUCGGAUUUAAACAAGUCAGUACUAAUAAGCAAUUUUAAUAAGCGUGGAUGGCUUCAGGGAAGUUCUGAAGAUGACUGGAACUUUUACUGGUGCAAUGUCCAGUCUGCAAGAAAUAUUUUUAAUCUCGAGAACGGAUGCCGAUUAGCGGACAAUCAGAUAGUUAAUCAUUUUCCUAACCAUUAUGAAUUGACCAAGAAAGAUUUAAUGGUAAAAAAUAUAAAGCGAUACCGGAAAGAUCUUGAAAAAGAGUUUAACUCCAUAGCUAAAAGAAAUUUGCAAGGGAAAUACAUGUUUCUGGAUUUUAUUCCGACAACAUUUAUUCUACCUGCUGAUUAUAAUAUCUUUAAAGAAGAAUUUCGUAAGAAUCCUUCCAGUACUUGGAUAAUGAAGCCCACUGGAAAAGCUAGGGGUAUUGGAAUUUUUCUCAUUAAUCAUCUAUCCCAGAUUAAGAAUUGGUCAAGCGAUAAUCGUGGAUCUCCGAAAAAAGAGACUUACGUAAUUUCGAAAUAUAUUGAGAAUCCAUUACUAAUUGGAGGAAAGAAAUUUGAUCUAAGGGUUUAUGUCUUGGUGACAUCAUACCGUCCACUUAAAUGCUACAUCUAUCAGCUGGGCUUUUGCAGAUUCUGUUCCGUUAAGUACAUUGCGAACGAACUUGAUAAUAUUUACGUUCAUCUAACGAACGUUUCAAUUCAGAAGCGAGGGGACGAUUAUAAUGAUAUCCAUGGGGGGAAGUGGACUGUUCAGGAUUUAAGAUUGCAUUUAGAAAGUAUAAAAGGAGAAUUGAUUGCCAAUAGACUGUUCGAAGAAAUAAAUUGGCUAAUUGUUCACUCAUUAAAGUCGGUUCAGGCUGUGAUGGUGAAUGAUAAGCACUGUUUCGAAUGUUAUGGAUAUGACAUAAUCAUCGAUGAUGCCAUGAAACCGUGGUUGAUAGAGGUUAAUGCUUCCCCAUCCUUGACGUCCACUACCGUAAAUGAUCGAAUCAUGAAGUACAACUUAGUCAACGAUACGUUAAACAUUGCUACGUCAAAGAACGAACUUUCAGGGUACUAA